GUAUUUCCGUGGCAGUCUCAAUGCGGCAGCGAUUGGCUGCAGUGCUGUUCCUGCCAGCCCCUUGAAGGAUCCGUGGUGAAAUUAGUAGCAAGAAGGCAUGUAAUUGACAGGGUCACGUGUACGCUAGGGGGCCGGGGAGCGAGCACACGGAGAGAGAGCAGGGAGAGAAGAAGCACAAGAGGGAGAGCACGCUAGACCAUGCGAGCUAAAUUUGGGAUCGCUCUAAAUCAGGAUGUCACAUUGAUACACAACAUAAUCUCAGUGGAAAAGGAAACUUUUCACCAGUUGUUUGUGGAGCCGAGGACAUCAUGGCCGAAGGAGGGGUUGGUAAAGGUGUUGGAGAAGAGCAAGGGAAACUGCCAGAACAGGAAGAAGAAGAGGAGGAGAACUCCCAGGUCCUACACGGUACAGGCCAUUGCAAGUGGUUCAAUGUGCGGAUGGGGUUCGGUUUCAUCGCUAUGACCAGUCGGGAGGGAAGCCCUUUAGAAAACCCAGUUGAUGUUUUUGUACACCAAAGCAAACUAUACAUGGAAGGAUUUAGAAGCCUGAAAGAAGGAGAACCUGUAGAAUUCACAUUUAAAAAAUCUUCCAAAGGACUUGAGUCAUUACGGGUAACAGGCCCUGGAGGUAACCCCUGCUUAGGAAGUGAGCGGCGGCCUAAGGGAAAAACUGUUCAAAAAAGAAAACCAAAGGGAGAUAGAUGCUACAACUGUGGUGGCCUUGAUCACCAUGCUAAAGAAUGCAAUCUACCUCCUCAGCCAAAAAAGUGCCAUUACUGUCAAAGCAUAACACACAUGGUAGCAAACUGCCCACACAAAAUGGUCCCACAGCAUCCAACAACUUCUCAGGGAAGAUAUGAAGCAGAACCACAGCCUUCAACUUCUGCUUUUCAAAGGGAGGGGGGAGGGGCAUUUGGCUAUUCGUCUCCAUCAUAUCCUCAGGAGGGAAGAUCAGAGCUCUCAGAACGUUCAAGCAGGUCACCUCAAGAAGCUUCCUUAAGUAAGAUAUCUGCAUCGCCUGAAGAACAAAGCAGAAAGGGGCCUUCUGUUCAAAAGAGAAAAAAAACUUAACGCUUUGUCCUUGUGUUUCUCUCAAAUUUGCCCUUUUGGGGAAGUUCUACCUCAUACAAGUACAGGGGAAGUCAUUUCAUUAUACGCAGCUAACCUGGAAUUUUAACUACUGUUGAGGAACUGUGAAUUUACAGAAAUAUUGACAAUAAGGACAAAUCACUCCAAGCAAACUAAACAGGCAGGGUGUCUUGUGUGUUUUUUUUUUUUACCUCAUAUGUAUGUGUGCGUGCGUAUAUCAUUAUGUAUACAAAUCAAUUUAAAACUGUAGUUGCUAACGUAUAUACUGUGUAAUUGUGUGGCUAUAUAUUAUAUAUCCACACACCCUUACGGUAUAUAUUUCAAUGAGAUUGAAGCAAUAGUAAGUAUUCUUACUUCGGGUACUAAUCACUUCUGAGAACACUUCUAAUUUUGAUGUCUCAUUGUGACAGUCAUACGAACAUUAUGGAAGCAGGGACUGUUUUAGUGUAUAGACUGUUGUCAGCAGGCACUACUAGUGUUAAUGUAUCCUAAACAGGUUGUUGAUUUUUAUUUUGUGUAAAAUCCCUUGGCCAUAUUGACUCCCUACCUAAGCAAUAUUAUGAGCCAAAUAUGCUUUCAGGCAUUUAUAAAAAAAAAACAAAAAAACAUGCUCAUAUGUGAGAAGUAUGAGAGAAACCAGUGAAUGAUUAUCUUUUCUGUUCUUCUAAUUACUGUGUUAAAUAGAAUGAAUAUUGAUGUAUACUAGAUGAUACACUGCAAGAAUAUCAGUUACAUUAAAAAUACAGGCCUAGUCUUCCUGUGUUCAAAAAAAUUCUGGGCAGUGGCAGCAGAUUAACACCUCCUUACUUCUGUGUACAAAUUGUGCUUUGUUCCAUGUUUUCUAAAGAGACCAAGAAAGAAAAUAUUUAACCUAGGACUUCAUUGCUGCAAAUUGCCUAAACCAGCUAUUUGAUUUGCUGCAUUGGCACAUAACAAGGUUUGCUUUCUGUUCUCUCUAGGUAGUGUGGGACAAACUCUGUUUUACAUAAAAUCCAUGAGGUGUUUAGUGAGUUUAGUUAGCCUUUUAAAAAAAUAAAAAUGUUAAACAAUAAACAACAAAUUCCUCACCGUGAACCUCUGUCAGGUAAAAUGCUGCAUAUAAAUCACAUUAUUUAAAGGCUCAGGUGGAUAAAGCAUUUAUAGUUUAACACAAUUAGGGAAUACAGCUUUAAUGAACAUAGAAGUAGCGCGUGCCACAUUUAAGUACAUUGUCUUUAAGUUAUUGCAGAUUUUUAUUUUAAAAACAUGCCGCAUGUUUAUUUUUUUGUAUCAUUUAAAUCUAAAGGUACAUUUCUGUGUUUAACUGACCUCCUGCUCCAGUGUUUGUUUUGAUUUUUUUUUUUUCUUCAGAUGCAAUAGUAAAGUUUAUUCAGUGUUAGCAAUGAGCACAAUCCCAUGAACUUGAAUGGCAGAUAGUUUUUCACUGCCUGUAUCUCUCCCGAUUUUUAAAUAAUAAAAAAUGCUCAAGCACAGGGCCAGCCAAUAACUCUACAAAGGUAUAUUUAGAUUUAAAUUAACCAAAAAGGUAAAAUGUUCAACAUUGUUCUGGUGUAUUUACAUGACUGGGAAUAACCAGGCAUGUGUUUUCUCUCUCUUCAUUUUAGGCCUACUAAGCUUAUUAAUGUAAAGGCCAUAUAUCGUCCUUCUUAAUGCUAUCAACUUGCUAUUAUUUCUUAACCUUCGAGCAAAUGGAUUGCUGACUUCAUUGGCAAAUUAAUUGUAGUCUGUUAAAGAAAAAAAAAAAUAUCUAGUCCAUUUAAAUGUUUUUAUAAAGCAGUUUAAAGCCUGUGCAUAUUGGUAAAGUUAUCAUGACCAUUCAUAUUUAAUAUAAUAUGCCUUAUAAUUUACAUUUUUUUCCCAAAAGUAUUUUUCCUAGUUUUACAUAGGGCUUAAUAAACAUAGCACAAAUAGCCAUAAUAUUAGAGGGAAAAUAAUUGUAUUGCUCAGUUAAACAAAACUAGUUUUGAGGCCUAUUCUUUUGAGUUACAUAGUAAUUAAUUUGUAAAUUCUCCUAAAGGCCUUGACUUGUGAAUCCAAUUUAACAAAUGUAUUACUGAGGAGAGAAAAAUAGUUUUUCUGUACUUUCUCAAAUAUUGCAAACUCACUUGGAAGAAAUGGCCAUGAAGAGAUUAUUAUUGUAUUUUUUUUUCAAUAUGAGGUUAAGGCAACAAGCAUUUUAGGAUAAGGUGAGGGACAUUUUCAUACGUAAAAUAAUGUUUUUAGAGAUGUUGGCUCAGUUAAGAAUGUUCAUAUAAUAUAUAUCUUCUUAAUUACAUUUUUUUUAACAUUUCUUAAUGACUUUUUUUUUUUUUUUUUUUUUUGUAAUUGUUACUUGUAAACAAUCCUAGUAAUCUAGGUCACAAUUAAUAAGUUCUUAGGAGAUAUCCAAUUAACUUGCCAUCCCAACACUUUAUCAAAUGAAUUUGUUUUUGGUAUUAGAAUACCAGUUAUGUGUAGGAGAAGGCUUUUUCUUGAUCAGUGAUCUCCAAAAAAAGAAAACAAAAAUCUUUGAUUUAAUUAUGAUAAACAGGGUAAUUUCCUGCUCUGACUUUUGUCGUACCAUAUGUAAUUUUUAGGAUUAGAAGAUUGGGAUUCUUAUGCUAUGCAGCAAAUUGCCAGUAGGUUCAUGUGUGAGGUGCUUUAACCCUUUAAGGACACAGCUUUCAGUUUGCUCAAUUGUUUUAUGACGGAAAAAUUCCGUCAUAUGUCCUUAAGAGGUUAAAGAAAUGCUUCUUUUCCCACAACAUUUAAGUGUACUGCAUUUAAAAACAUCACUAACUUGUUUGUUAAAUUUGGGUGGUGAAACAAUUUUCAGUAUUAACAUAAACCUACCCAUUCUAGUAAUGCUGCUGCUGCUGCUUUGAGAUUAUAUUCAGGCACACAUUUGCCAUUACCUUUGAAUUCUAUGACUGUGUUUCUCAAUGGUUUAUACUGAAUUUAUUCAGUAUAGUCUGAUGUAAAGUAUAACUUUUGACAAUAUUGAAUGUGAUGAUGUAGUGAUUGAGUACUUCCUUGCCUUGAGUAAGGAUAUUUUACUUAUUUAAGUUAUGUAGACGAAUCAUGGUGGCAUUACAUAGCCUGGAAAUUGGUUUGAGAAUGUAUCAAACCUUGACUCUGCAGGUGGUCCUUAAUUCCUGCACUAAAAAGGUUAUGUGGCAAAGCAGAAAAAAAAAAAACUUUGAAUUUUGAAACCAAAGUUUCUUCACUUUCUACAAGUAGCUUGUCAUUAAAAUGGACAUUCCCUGUUUACAUAGAGUUCAGAGCUGAGAUCACAAUUCAUAAAGAGACUCUCAAAUGUGCAGUUAUUCAAGUGUUGUAUUUCAUUCCACAUCAGCAUAUGUGUCACCUCAGCCUGAACUACAAUGAGCACAUACCAAACCUAUGUUAAACCUAGGUUUUAUUUUUGUAUAUGAGAAUAUUAUCACUAUUUCAUAAUGUACUCAGGACUAAGAACUUUACUCAGGGAAUAUUCCAUGUAAUGUUUUUUCCAUAAUUGCAUCGUCUACAGACCUGCUAUAUCAGAACAAACCAAAUAGAUGUAGACCUUUAUAUAUAAUAUAUUGUGUUAUAUACUGCUCUUAGUAACUACCUCUCAUUUUUUUUUCAUAAGCCCACAAUUCUGAUAAUCAGUUUUAUUGUGUUUUGUUUUCAUGUGUUAAUUGUAAAAUUGUGUUCAUAUUCUGAUUUACUUUUGUGAAUAUUUGUGAUGUUCUCUUAUUUUGGUUGUAUUCACAACGUUUACAUUGGUAAAAGUUUUUUUUUUUUUUUUUAUUCUGUUUACAGCAAAAGGCUACCUCAUUACCACUUAGCAUAUCUCUAUGCUGCUGCAGCCUUCUAGGUUAACUUUCAGAACAAUGGUACAUUUUUUUUUAAUUAUUUUCUUGUGUUAUAAGUAUAUUUUCUAUAGCAGCAAGUACAUAUUUUUUUACCAAUAUUCUUUAGAAUCAACGCGUUUUGAAAUGAUUGCAGCAGACAGCUGCAGAUAAUUAUUUAUUUAGAGAAUGUUAAUUAAAAAAACACAAAAAAAGGAAACGGUUUUCUAAAGCUAUUGCUGGCUUAUAUAUUUUCAUUAACUAGACCCUUUUAGAUAACCACUAUAUAGUCCGUAGACAUGCUUAGUAAUCUAUAAUUGUAUAUUUUAAUUGUACCUUGCUACAGGGAAACCAUAAUGUUUCAACAUUUUUACAUUUUGCGGUAAUCAAAGAAGCAACAAGAUUAUUAUGUAACAAAUCAAAUAGCUCAGUUAAUUUUAUUGUUUCAUUUACAAACCACUGAACAAUUCUAAAACUUUAUUUCUUUUUCUGCCAUUUUAGAUCUAGUGCAGAGUUAAACCUGAUAUCAGAAACAAAAAAAUAUGAUGUAAAAUGCUUUCUAGAAAGUACUUCGCUUUACAAACGUAGCUAAUGUGAUGUUUUACCUUAAAGUCUGCAGUUUGUCUUUAUACUGCAUCCCAUGGUAAAUAUUCAGUGUUUAUAAAGUCCUUUGUAUUCUAUUGUUCAUAAAUUAGAGCAAGCAGAAAUAUUAGAAAGUAAUUGUUUUUUAAUUGUAACUAAUCUGAAAUCUUUCCUGCAGCAAAGUGAGUUCAUAUAUAUUCCCUUAUUAUAUUCAAAAUGUUAAAAAUCCCAUACAAUACUAAUACUUUAUGAAAAUUACCACAACAAGCACUGAAAUGUGAUCCGAUGUAUAUAAAUAUUCUAGAGCAGGGUUGACCAGAAGUCUUCAUGCUCCACCAUUGAAUUGUCAUAGAUCUAUAUAAAUUCUAGCAUUUGUCUAUAUUAAACAAUAUUAUUGUUGGAGCAUAUUUUUAUUUUAUUUGUUAUAUCUACACCCUCCCCCCAACAAAUUUCUUCAAACACCCAUUAGUGCAGGGUCUAGUAAUCAAUGACAUUCCAAACCUUUGCUCCAAUAUGGAUAUCCUUAUAAUUUGAUGACAAGUCUUAUAAACUCAUUUACCUAAACUAUUUAGGGGAUAUUAUGAUAUGACAGUAACCUCACACAAUGCCUCGCUCUCCUAAAUUACUAGUAUAGGACACAACAUUUAAACAUACAGGGGAAAUGCUUCUAGUUGAAGUAACGGGUAUGUAUGAAACUCACAUCAUGCUGACUGAUCUGAACUUAAAAUGGAGACCGCCAGCUUAGAUAAAAGCACCAGACCAGUGUUGUCUGCAGCACCUGCCACUAUUCUAAACAACCGACAAGAUUGUUAAAGGGGUUGAAUGGAAUUGGAAAUACUGAUUUCCUCAACUUUACAUUUAUGUAAUGAAAAGAAUGUUUCCCAUUUAUCAAUAUGCUCUUUUAAGUGAAUGAUAGAACAUUUUGGACUGUUCCAUUUCUCUUUACUAAUCCAUUGACUGCCAAAGGGAUUUUCAAUGCAUUGCUUCUGUUGAAAGUAAAAUGGUUGGAGUAUUGAUUUUUCUGAUUCCUUUAUGCUAAUGUUAAGGCAUCUUUACCAUAAGAUUUUGUAGAGAUGUCAUCAACAACAAGAGUAUCUUGUGAUCUUAAUGUAUUAUUAGUCCAUUUAUUAUGUUUUUUUCUUGUGAUCAAAUUAUUAAUGUGUCAGAUUUAUUUUUCAAUAUUACUUUUUGAGACUUUUCUAAUGUGAUCCAAUCUGUACAACUAAUAUUUUAGGGUAUGUUCUAUAUUCUUUGUGUUUUUAUGCAGCUUGUUAGUCUUUAUUGAAAAAAAAAUUAAGACCUGGGGAUUCUCAAUAAGUCUUAAAAGUAAUUUAAAUUAAUUUAUCUCCUGUAAGAAAUUUUUAUCAGAAAAGUUAUAUAUGUGAAAAUCAUCCAUUUAUAAAUAGAUCAGGGUUGGGGUUGAUAUGUGCAUAUGCACUGGGCUCUUUUUUUAUGUAGAAUCUGUUUAGAUUAAUUGAGAUUUACCUAUUUGUUAAUUGUAUUAAAAGGACAUGAGAGCUUGCAAUUUUAAACAACUUUCUAAUUUACUUCUGCUCUCUAAUGUUUAGUUCUCUUGGUAUCCAUUGUUGAAAAGCAUACCCUAGGUAGGCUCAGGACUGCUGAUUGGUGGCUGCACAUAUAUGCCUCGUUAGUGGCUCUCCCAUGUGCAUUGUUGUUUCUUCAACAAAGCAUAGCAAGAGAAUGAAGCAAAUUACAUGAUUGAAGUACAUUGGAAAGUUUAUAAAAUUGUAUUCUCUAUCUAAAUCAUGAAACAAAAAAAUGUGUCAUGUCCCUUUAACAAUAUAACUUUGCUUCAGUGCAGACUAGAUUUUUUUUUACUUAUUUCAUUUUUUUAAAAUCUUUUGAAUAUAAUUUUAACCUCAGUUUUUAAAAAGCAUCUCUUAGUACCGAUUUGGAAAAUCUCUGGUUAAUCUCUUAUCUAUAAAAUAAUGUUGCAUUACAUCAAUCAGUGCAUGAGUGAAAACAAUUGGAAAGGUUGGAUUUGUGCAAAAACUAUUAAGGGACCAAAAAGAACAAUUUUAGAUAUCAAGACCGUUUCCAAAUUUUUUUUAGCACAAAUUAAAUUUCAGUACUGCAUUAUAGAUGAAUGCCAGUAGGGGGAGCAGUAAUCUGCAGUACCAUUUCUUGCAUAUUUGUCUUUAUGAUAUCAAAUAUACUUUAUUGCUCUUUGUUUCAACCACUUUUUAAAAGACCUGCCCUAAUACAUUCUGUUGAACAUGGUUUUAAAGUAUAUUUUAAUACUCAAACUAGCAUAUUCCACCACCUGUAUUUCUUAGGAACUGGACAAUAAAUAUGUUUCUCUGUUAGUACUGAAUUCUGCGUUUGUCCCCCUCAUAUGCCUCCAAUACUAUCUCGGAUUAGUUUGUUAGACUUGAUGACGAGUGUGACAUUGCUGGUUGCUUACUCACAUUUAUUUUAAGGUAGUUUCUGUAAAAAAAUAACAAUCUCCAUUAUGCUUCAUUCUGAAGUCAUGUUUUGUUACUUAAAGGGACACUAAACUCAUAGCCUCCAUAAAAUAUCUGUAAUGCUAUGUACAUUUGUUACUUAUUUUGCACUCUUUACCAGUAAUUUACUGUAAAUUGCCAACUGCUCACAAAAAAGUUGGCAUUCAUCCUGGAGACCUUACCUGCUGCAUUCUACACAGUGUUUGCUUUAUAAGUGUGGGGCUUAUGUAUAUGAGACCAUAAUUGGCCAUAAAAAAAGGAGAUAAGUUAAAUUCUCUUUGUAAGUGCACGAUUUUCUACUAAUUUAUCUCUGGGCUGCUCUUCUAUAGUAACUUUCUGGCUAACAAAAUAUCUUUGCACAUCAUUUGUGAUACGGCAUAUAUAUAUAUAUAUAUAUAUAUAUAUAUAUAUAUAUAUAUAUAUAUAUAUAUAUAUAUAUAUAUACACACACACAGUGUAUAGACAAACCGUGGCCUUAAUGCCCCUUUAAGAAUUUGUUCAUAUGAUUCUACUAAUGUGUUGUGGUUUAUAGUAAAAAGAUGAGUAAUCCCACAAUAAAGACCAAAGUAUACACUAUUAUUGCCUCUAUAGUGUUACCAAUGCCAUGUCUUAUAUAAAAAAAAAAAUCAAGUUAUCUUUUGUAUUCUAAAAUACUCCUUUCCCAUUUGUAUUAUAAGUUUACAAAUCAGUAUAAACAUACAUUGCUUGAAUAAUAUAAUAUGUAUCUUUUGUUUAAAAAAAACCAGUGAAUUGAGAUUUUUGUUUUUUAAUGGGUCAUGUAUUGCCUCUUUACGGUCUUAUCAAUGGACUAAAGCACUGACUUGCCUUUCUGCAUAUCAUGUAUUUUAUAUUUUCAUUUCAUGCCUAGUGUCUUUUUUAUUACUGUCAAUCAUGAAUAUUGUGAGGUUUUAAAGGAAUUACUUGAUUAGGAAAAUAAAACAUAUAACUUUGGCAUUUACACAA